UAUACAUAGUUCAUAAAUAAUAAAGUUAAUUAUAGUGUUGAUAAAGUGAACUGGCGGUUUCAGCAAAACUCUCGUCCCCCCCACUACUACUACUACUACACCUCCCCACUACUAUCGCAUGUGGCAUGUUCUUACACCUCGCGUGCCGCCAAAAUAAAAGUGUUUAUAAAACGGAUUCCACAAAAUACAACGAAUGGAAAGGAUCCAACAACUUUUAAAAGAUUGAACGAAGAGUGUGAGAGGCGUCGGCUAACAGUGGAAGAAGCAGCCAAAAGAAAAAAGAAAAAAAACAGCAGCAGCAAUAGGAAGAAGUGAGAAGGCAGAUAAGCAGCAGCCAGAGCGGAGGAAUAUAGCAUUUCGAAGCCGGCAAAGAAGCAGCAGUCGAAAAAGGAAGCUGAGAAAGAAGCAGAGCAGCAGCAGCUCAGCCGGCAGAGAAAUAACAGCAAAAAAGGGACAGAAGCAGCCGGCAGAGCGCUGACUGCGCAAAAAAAUACUCGAAAAUAAAACAUUUUGUACAUACAAAAAUAACGUUUAACAACACUAAGGAUAAGGCGCUUUUGCAAUAUGCAUAAUAACGGUAAAUGGCAAACCAUGCGUCCCCUGGAACGCAGUGGAAUGAAACCAAGGAACAGUUGGAAUGCCAGCAACGAUCUUUAAAUGCAAAAAAGGCGGAGGAAUUUCCCAAAGAAAAACUAUCGAUGAAGAAAAUGUUGCUGAACAUUGAGGAAAAUGCAUCGUUUUCUUAGCAUACAGCAAAAUAUAAAAUUACGCAACUAUCAUCAGUUACUUUUGUAUUUUGGGGCAUUACCAACACUGGCUGCCACUGCUGCUGGAGGAGGAGGUACGAAGAAGGGAACGAAGAAGAGAACGGGAAGAGGAAGUCGAGGAGGAAGGAUCUGCAGAAGGAUAGCAGAAGGAGCAAGAAGAGCUGGAAGGAAACAGCAGCAGCAGAAGCAGCAUCUAAAAAGCAGUUACAUAACGUAACAAUAAACGUAACGCAACGUAAAGUUACGUGAAGAGAUAAAGAGAGGGAGAGAAGAGUAUAAAUAAUAAUUAUUAUUAGCCCAAUACAUACAUUAUUAAACCCAACGCUGCCACUGUUCCUAAGACAAAAAAAAAAAAACCAACCACAAACAAAACCAGAAGAAAAAGAAACCAUAAAACGUAGCCGUAGUCCUUAAACGUAACCCAUAAACGUAAACGUAAACGCAAACGCCUUUACACACGACACACUCGACACCAGAAUCCUAUCUAAAUCCUAUGCCAAUUUUUUUGAUCAUCAUCAAAAACCAUUAACAAACAAUAAUACAACACUGACUAGUGUUUACCAACACUACCACCCACCACCACCACAACCACAUCUGCGAUCAUUAAACCUCCCUUGCCACAAAACGACGGCUGUGGCAAACGAGGGAGGCGACGACGCAAACGAAGAAUAUGGCAACACCGCAAGUCAAGGACUUGGUGUUGCGUUCGCCCUCUGGCUCCCCGGAAACGAUUGCCUAUGCCUGGCCCCUACAGAUUGGCCAUGGACAGGAUAAGCAUGAUAAUGGCAUCGAUAUCAUUGAUACCAUUAAAUUCGUUUGCGAUGAUCUGCCAUCGAUACAAUCGGCCUUCGAGGAGAUCAAUCUCAAUCAAAUUGACACUGCCUGCUAUAAGACUAUGACAAAUCUUGUCGAUCGCUUCAACAAGGCCGUCGACAGUAUUGUUGCAUUGGAAAAAGGAACGUCACUGCCCGCCGAGCGAUUGAAUAAGUUCGCUCACCCUAGCCUUCUAAGACACAUUUUGCAAUUAGUUUACAAUGCUGCCGUUCUCGAUCCGGAUAAACUCAACCAAUACGAGCCCUUCUCACCGGAGGUCUACGGCGAAACAUCGUACGAAUUGGUACAACAGAUGCUCAAGCAUGUCACCGUCGGCAAGGAGGAUACGUUUAUUGAUCUCGGUUCCGGUGUGGGACAAGUGGUACUCCAAAUGGCCGGAUCCUUCCCACUGAAGACAUGCAUUGGCAUCGAGAAAGCCGAUACACCCGCACGCUAUGCCGAACGAAUGGAUUUGUUCUUUCGCCAGCAUAUGAGCUGGUUUGGCAAACGCUACUGCGAGUACAAACUGAUCAAGGGCGAUUUCCUUGUGGAUGAACAUCGCGAGAAGAUCACCUCUUCGACGCUGGUUUUUGUGAAUAAUUUUGCCUUUGGCCCGACGGUCGAUCAUCAGCUGAAGGAGCGCUUUGCGGAUCUACGCGAUGGUGCCAGGGUUGUAUCCUCCAAAUCGUUUUGUCCUUUGAAUUUUCGGAUCACCGAUAGAAACCUUUCGGAUAUUGGCACCAUAAUGCAUGUGAGCGAAAUACCGCCACUGAAGGGUUCUGUUUCGUGGACCUGCAAGCCCGUUUCGUACUAUUUGCAUGUGAUUGAUCGCACCAUAUUGGAGCGAUACUUUCAGCGGCUGAAAACCAAAGGUGGCAACGAUCAUCACGAGCAUGUUGGUACCGUUCGCACCACACGUGAUCGAGCCAAGCGUGAGGCAAAUAUUGGACAGCAGCAAAAUAAUCAUCAUAAUCAUCAUAACAAUCACAACAACAACCACAACAACAACAACAACAACAACAGCAACCAUCAGCAGCGGGAAAGAGAGCAAUCGAACGGACCGACCGGAGCGACCAUCACUCAGCGCCAUCAAUCGCAAUCCCCAGCAAAUGUUAGCGGCGGCGGACUAGCAGCAGGAGGAGGAGCAAGUGUCACAGCAGCUGCCUCCAAGACACGCCAGCAGUUGCAGCAGCAACAGCAGCAGCAGCAACAACAGAGGAGUCUCGACAUGGAGAGCAGCACGGAGAGCGAUGGCGAAGCAACGAAUGGCAAUGGUGGCAACACCACCACGGCCACAACCGCCACAUCCGUCUCGAAUGGCGGCGGCGGCGGUGGCAGCAGUGGACCCAUGACCCGACGCCUGUGGUAUGACUUUUCCAGCUCGAAAGGCAAGAGCUCGCAGUCGGAUGAUGAGGAGAACAACAACAGCAACAGCAAUGGGGCCAACACCAGUGUCACGGGUCUGCGGCAGGCGCGUGCUGCCACGCAGAAGAAGCGGAAAAAACUCACCCGAAAGGCGGCAAUUGCCAGCAAGUCUGCGGCGGCGGCCCAGAGGGAAGCGGAGGCAGCGGCCGCUGCGGCUUUGGCCAGCAAGGAGUCGUCCUCGAAGGAGGAUGCACCGCGUGCCGCCAGCGCAGGGCCUGGGCGCAAGGGACGCAUGAAGAAGGGAGUCGGUGGUGGCAGGGGUAGAAAGUCCCUGAAGAUCGUGGGAUUGGAUGCGCUGCACAAGCAGACGGUUCUGAGUACCACACAGGAUUCGGCGGCCAAGAAGCUGCCAGCGGCACCGGGCACCGUCGAUCAGCAGUUGACGUCGCUGCUGACGGAGACAAUGUCCCAUCGGGAGCUGGACAUACCAGCAGCGCCACAGGACACACCCUACGGCCUGCAGAUCCUGCUCGAGUGCCUGCGUUCACAGUACAUGUCCUUUAUGGAUGUGAUGAAAUCGAGCGCCUAUCUGCCGCAAAUCCAAAAGAACAUUGCCCAGGAGCAGGAGCGCAUGUCGCGGCUGAAGAACCGUGCGAGUCAGCUGGAUAAGCAGAUCAAAGUCCUGAUUGACGACAGUGUGGCGCUGCUCAAAGUGCGAAUGAAUGAGCUGGGCAUCAAUGUGAAUUCGCCCAAUGAUCUGAUUGCCCAAGCCAAGGAGAUUGUGGGCAGGCACAAGGAUCUGCAGCAUACGGUGAGCAAAAUGCGUAACGAGGUAACCUUCUACGAGGGCGAACAGAAGAUGCUGCUCAGCAAGCAGCUGAAGAACCUGCCGGAAUAUCAGAAACUGUGCGGCAAUGGUCCCAUCAAUGGCAAAGUGAAGCUGGAACUGCCGUCAGAGUUCUCGGAGACGACAGCCCACGAGUUGGUCCUAAAGGAAAUAGCAAAUACCCUAAGCCAAAGGAAGAAGCUGUACGCUCAAGUGUCCACCAUUGAACAGGAGACGACAGUGCUGCAAAAGAGCGCCGAGGACAGGAGCACAGCGGCCUCACUGCUGGCCCAAGGCACAAACAUUAGUUUGGCCACCAGCAGCAGCAGCAGUACCAGCAGCGGCGCCAGUUCCGCUGUUUUAGCGGCCUCAACUGCCUCAAAUUCAUCCUUGAAUCCUGCCCCACCCAAAGCCAAUAGCGUGAAGGGUUCCCGACGCAGUCGCGAACAUCGCGUGCGCUCACAGGAGUGGCCCGAGGUGCCCGAAGUGGGGAAGAUCCAGGAGGAAAAUCCCGAAGUGCUGGCUCUGAAAAUUGUGGAAACUUGCCGGCAGAUCGAGGCAGGCACCUUCCAGGCAAAGACUAGCGUGCCGCCGUAUCAAUUGAAUGGCAAAAAUAAGGAGCCACAAAUGACGCAAAUGCCCAUUGGUGCCGCUGCGGUGAGCAUUAAAUCCGCACCAGGAGCAGCAGCAGCGGGAGGACAUCAUUACAAGGAUAGCACUUUGAUGCCAGCACCAAAGCAACAACAGCAGCAACAGCAGUUGCAAGUGCAACAGUUGCAGGUGGCACCUUCGCUGCUGCCCAAAUGCGAGCUGCCUGGAAUGGGCAUGGGCAUGGGAAUGGGUUUGGGUUUGGGUAUGGGAGGACUCUCCUCCGCUGCCAUUUCUGCUGCGUGUCGCAAGCAGGAAUCCCCGAAGGUGGCAAACUUUGAGGACCGUUUGAAGAGCAUCAUUACGACAGCGCUGAAUGAGGAUCAAGAGCAAAGGAGCAAGGCCAUACCAACAGAAAUGCCAGCACAACCAUCUCCAUCGCCACUGCAUAGUCCCGUCUCGAAGAGGAGCAAACAGCAGCAGCACCACCAGCAACAGCAACAGCAGCAGCAGCUGCCGCCUUCGAAUCUGCACAACAUCAUUACGGUGUCCACCCAGGGAUUAAUGCAUCUGAAUGCGAAUACAACCAUUUCCCCCAUCACACCACCACUGCCGGGACCCGGAGCGGGGGCCACAGCCUCGACGGCACCACCACCGCCGGCAAAUCUGCCCUACGGCGCAUAUGGCGGCAAGAGCACGCCUUCGGGCAAAUAUCAGGCAUCAAAGGAGCAGCACAACAAGUACUCCCCGGCCAGGCAGCACACACCCUCCUCGGGCGCCGCCUCAGUGCCGCCACCGCCUCAGGUACCGGUCUCCUCCCACAUGGCAGCGCUGUAUGCGGCCGGACAGCCUACGCCUCCGACGCCGGCGGAUUUGGGCUACCAGCGUCGUCGCAGUUCGAUGAGUGCCAGCAGCUAUGAGCAUUUCAUUGUGCAACAACAGCAGCAGCAACAGCAGCAUGCACUGAUGAUGGCUGCUGCAGCACAUGUGGCACAGCGACAGCGAGUCGAGGAGCAUCAUCAGCAGCAGCAGCAGCAACAACAUCGAUUGCAACAGCAGCAGCAACACCAACAGCAGCAGCAGCAGCAACAUCUCCAUCAUCAUCAUCAUCCACAUCAUCCGCAUCCGCAUUCGCAUCCGCAUCCGCAAGAGUUCAAGGCCCCACCUGCGGAUAAUUUGCUGCAACGUUCGAGCAGUCGCGAUCAAUUGGUAGAGCCGCCACAGCAGCAGCAGCACAUGGAGCUGCUGCCAAGAGCAAGUUCCGCCAACUCGGACUACGGUGCAUACCGCGUACGGCCGCCCAGUCGCCCGAGUUCGAACUCCUCGCAGCCGGACUACACGCAAGUGUCGCCCGCCAAGAUGGCGUUGCGUCGCCAUUUGUCGCAGGAGAAGCUCAAUCAGCAUGUGACGCCACAGCCCACACCGCCACCGCAGGGACCGUUGCCACAGCCGCCACCCACGGGCAAGACCAUUGGGGAUCUGGUGAAUGGAGAGAUUGAGCGCACACUGGAGAUCUCCCAUCAGACGAUCAUCAAUGCGGCUGUCAACAUGAGCACCAGUGGGACCCAGUUCAUGGAGAGAGGCUUCAAUGAACGGGCUGCGUCCAAUGAACGGCUGCUCAUCAAUCUGAAUGCCCAGCGACCAGAGCGAGUGCAUGUGAGACCCCUGUCGGAGGAAUCCCAGGAGGCACAUCCCACGAAUUAUGUCGCCAGCGGAGGUGGUGGGGCAGCAGCAGCACAAGCCGCGGCUGCUGGACAGGGCAGCAACAACAGCAAUCUGGCGACCCUGGCCCAUGUAGCGUACGUACAGAAGAGCACACCACAGAGUGGCGGUCGAACGGCAACGCCAGCAACACCUACGCCCGCACGUUCUGGCAGGGAUUCGUAUCAGACAGUGGCGCUGCCACGAGCGGAGAUGAAGGGCUGCAUUGAGGCGUACUUCCAUGAGGAGCAAAAGACAAAGAGUGUGGGAGGUGCAGGAGCAGCAGCAGCAGCAGGAGGAGCGGCAGCAUUAAGAGGACCCCGUCUGAAUGGCGCAAAUCCUCCACUGGAGGGUCUCGCUGCCUCGCUGCAGGAUCAUGUGCGUGCCAGGAAAUAUAAGGAGGAAACAGAAGAGCGACAACGACGUGCAGCAGCAGCUGCCUCAUCCUCCGCCACAGCGACACCAUCUGCAGUAGCAGUCGAUUUGCAGCAGCAUUAUGGACAGGCCCCACCCGCCCAUAGCUAUCUACAUCAUCCGAUCCAUCCUGGAGCAGCGAGUUUGAAUGGCAGCAACAGCAGCAGUACACCGCACAAAGUGGAGCUUGGGGUCAAGCGAACGUCUCCUUUGGCGCCGCAUCAACAGCCGCCGCGACCCUCAAAGAUACCACACUAUGAGCAGCCGCCGCAUGUCCAUGCCCAUUCACAUUUGUAUGCCAAUGGGGGACAGGUGUUGCCACCGCCACCGGCACAUGAUGCCACGACGCCCUCGCCAACGCCUUCAUCCUCUUCAUCGUCGUGUGGCAGACGCAGCCAUAAUAACAAUGGGAAAAUGCUGGUUGAACCACCACUGCUCAUGAGUCCGGAGAUCAAUUCCCUGAUGGGUGAUGAGCGACCGUUGCAACUGUCCACGAAUCCACAUCAUCUGAUGCAGCAGCACCACCACCAGCAGCAGCAGCAGCAACACCACCAUCAGCAGCAGCAAUCCCAGCAGCAGCAGCUGAGAGUCGCUGGACAUUUGGGACAUUCCCAUGGCCACAGUCAUAGCCAACACCACAGCAACAGCCACAGUCAUAGUCACAGCCACAGCCACAGCCAGAGCACCACUCCCACAUUGGGGGUAAUGCAACGCAAUGCCAAUGCCAACAAUAAUGCCGCCGAUGAUGAUGAUGUCAUUGCCGCUGAUGAUGAGUCCCAUUGGCAGCAUCGCGUGAGCUCUGGUUUCGAUCGAUUGGUGGCCUUUGCCAGCACCGAAUUGGACAAGACACGACGCAGCAUUGAUGGCGAUACAGUGCCGGCUUCCAUCAGUUGCAACACAUCGCCGGAUUCGGGUAUCACGCACAGCAGCAGCAAUUCGGAUGCAGUGCGCACGUUUCUGUCUACGUCGUCCAGCUCCUCGCAAUUGGAGCUGCCGAUUGGUAGUGGUGGCAGCGGCAGCAGCACCCACAGUUUGUACGGCAGCAGCCAGGUGCACAAUCUGAGCAACCAUUUGCAGCAGCACAACAACAGCGGUAGUGGCAGCAGCAGCAGUGGCAGCAGCAACAGCAGCGCCAACAACAUGGCGCAUCAUCAUCAUCAGCAACAACAGCAGCAGCCGCUGCAACAGUUGCAGUCACAGCAGCACCAACAGCAGCAGCAGCAUCAUCAUCUGACGGAUCAUCUGAGCGACAGCAGCAUGAAGUCCACGGCUGGUAGCUCCCUGAAAACCGUCUCCCCGGUGGAUCCCAGUGCCAUUGACUCGCCGCCGCUGUCGGAUGUGGGCCUGCCACGGACCCCGAGUCCGAGUGCCGCCAGUGUGGCCAUGCCGCCGCUAGCAAUUGCUCCCUUGGGGCUGGGCAACGAGUUGGGUAUACCACUGAAGUACCAGCGCAAGUCGAAGAGCGGCUCGGAGAAGCACUACAAGAAGAAGUUCUGCGAGCGGAACUGGGAGUACGACUGCGACGAGCUGUUGGCGUACUCCAAUUCCAGUGCGCCGCCCACAGCAGCCGAUGCAGCUGGCAAUGGGCCGCCCGCACUGCUGGACACGCCGAGCGGAGUUGGAGCAGUUGUGUCCACCAUGAUGGGCGGUAAAUCGGGAAAAUCCCCAAAAGAGAAAUCAUCGCCGCAUCACAGUGCCAACCAUAAUGCAGGCUACCAUCACAAAUCAUCCAAGUUCCGGCCGAAAGGCAAGGACUGGGACUGGUCGCUGGACAGCCGCAGUCAGACAGGCGACGGGUUGCUGCCACCCACAUGCCCCCCGAAUGGAGCGAACAACAAUAAUAAUAAUAACACCACCACCACAACGAGUAAUUAAUUUAGUAAACUAAUUUAGUUCAAUUUGCUGAAUGGAAAAAGGAAAUGAAAUCCAAAAACCCAUGAAAAAUCCAAACCCCCCAUGCGCCACAAAAGUAUGCAAUGCUUAAUGCUCUUUUUAGCCAGUUUAUAUUUGAAUGGAGAGGAAGUGCACAGUGCACACACGAUAUGGUGGAUUAUAUUGUAUGUAUUUAAAAAAAUAAAUGAAAAGAGUUUUUUAUAAUUUUAACUAAAUGAAUUGUGUUUUUUCCGCAUAGUUAACUUAUUGUAUAGCCCCCCAACCCUCCCUCACAUUUGUUUUCAGUUCUGUCCUGCCCGGCCCCUUCUCUUAUAUAUAGUUAUUGUCCUGCCCAGCCCCCUACUACUACUACUACUACUAUAACUACAACUAAAACUAGUGUGUUUUUAUUUGAAAAUUGCAAACAUUUUAAAUUAGGCUAGACACGUUUUUUCGUAUUAGUUUUAUAAGAGAACGAGUUUGAGGAUGAUAAUGAUAAUGAGCCCCCGAGAAUGAGAACCCCCCACACUUUGCUGAUUGAACAAUGUUACUGACUUUCUAUAUUACCGAUUACCAAUUAUUACUAUUAUGUAUUUAAUUAUUUGUCUCUUUUAUUGUUUAAUUACGUUUUUUGUCCCUAAGUUGAAAGUUUUUGCCUUUAUUAUUAAUUUU